UUCAUGUGCGAACAUUUCUUUUGUGGAGAUUAUUUUGAAAUUUCACAAAAUUCUAUAGACGAAGUUACACAUAUGCAAACAUAUACACAUGUGACGUGAGGAAUUUGUUUGCCUGUAGCCUAUAGAAAUGGCACCGGCCAUGCCUGGUGAUUUAUCUACACUUUCGAUUUAUAAAAUACGUUUGACUGCAGUUUUCUUAUUGAUGUUUGUUUUUGAUAAUUUUGAUAACACAACGGCAUUCCGUAAUGGUCAUCGCACUAUUAGUGAACCGAACGCAUAUCAUUCGCCAUACAAUGCGCUAGAACGGAGAGAGAAUUGGUUCGCGCAAAAACUUGAUCAUUUUGAUAAGGAACAUCGGAAUGUGACUUGGAAACAGCGAUAUUUUAUGAAUGAUAAGUUUUAUCGGAAUGGUAGCGAUGCACCUAUUUUUCUUACGAUUGGUGGUGAACUUCCAAUAUCGUCACGUUGGGUAGCAACCGGCGCUUGGAUUCGAUUUGCGGAGCACUUUGGAGCGUUGUGUUUUCACUUGGAGCAUCGAUUUUAUGGAAAAAGCCGUCCAAAAAGUGAUCUUUCAUUUGAAAAUUUGAAAUUUCUUUCCUCGAAACAAGCACUUGCUGAUGUGGCCAAUUUCAUUCAAAGCAUGAACAGCAAAUACCAGUUUAAUACGAAACAGAAAUGGAUUGCUUUUGGUGGCUCUUACCCGGGUGCUUUGGCUGCCUGGGCGCGCGAAAAAUACCCGCACUUAAUACACGGCGCCAUCAGUUCAAGUGCCCCGCUUUUGGCGAAAGUGGAUUUUUCUGAGUUUUUUGAGGUAGUUAAAGCGUCUUUGAAAACACAUUCCACGAACUGUUUGGAGGUUAUCGGGCAGGCCAUUUUUGAGAUGGAAACUCUCACCCGUCACGAGAGUGGCCAGCGUAAUUUGGAUGAAAAGUUUAACACAUGUACGCCACUUAAGGAUUCGGUUGAAAAUCCUUUGGAUAUGUCGAAUUUCUUUCAAAUAUUGGCCGAUAACAUAGCUAGCGUGGUGCAGUUCAAUAAGAACAACCGACUCGAUGUCGGUUCCUCCAUCGAUGAUAUUUGCAAUGUGAUGGUAAAUACAACAAUUGGAUCCCCGGUUUCACGCUUGGGCAUGGUCAAUGGCAUGCUUUUGAAGGAGUCAAAAGAAAAGUGCUUCGAUUAUAAAUACGACAAAAUGGUUGCUGAAAUGAGGAAAACCUCCUGGUUUGCUAAAGCAGGCAACGGUAGGCGACAAUGGACCUAUCAGACAUGCAAUGAAUUUGGUUUCUACCAAACAUCAAAUAAUAAGAAUGACACUUUCGGUGACAGAUUUAAAGUUGACUUUUUCAUAAAGCAAUGCAUGGAUAUUUACUCAGAGAGCAUGGACGCAAAAUUCUUGGAGCAGGUUGUUUCACAGACGAAUGCGUACUAUGGAGCUCUGCAUCCGAACACAACCAAUGUGCUCUACGUGCAUGGUUCCAUUGAUCCAUGGCAUGCGCUCGGUUUGACCACAUCUAAGAAUCCAGAAUUGCCCACUAUUUACAUUGAAGGUACUGCACACUGCGCCGAUAUGUACGAACCGGCUAAAACCGAUCCACCACAAUUGGUGGAGGCACGUAAUAAAAUAAUUAAAUAUCUUGCGGAAUUGUUGGACAAUUUUGAAAAGGAAAGAAUUUAAAUAGAUAUGAAUAUACAUACAAACAUUUACAUAUAUAUUUUUAAAUUACAAUAAAACCUAAAGAUAAUUGAA